CAGGCCGAUAAGAGCGUGCGUGGCUUUGUCUUGGGCUCAACCGUCCCCAAGAUCUUCUCCGCUGGUUUGGAUAUCACGGCCAUGUACGAUAAGGAUGAAGCUUCUCUUGUAGAGUUUUGGACAGCCAUCCAGGAAAUGUGGCUCGUGCUCAACAAGACGCGCCUGCCGUGGGCAGCAGCCAUCACAGGACACAGCCCUGCUGGCGGUUGCCUUGUUUCCCUCUGUGCCGACGAGCGUGUCAUGGCCAACGACGGCAAGUUUCGCAUCGGCCUCAACGAGACUCAGCUCGGCAUUGUUGCCCCUUCGUGGUUUGUUGACUCCUUUGUCAUGGCCCUGGGUCAGCGUCGCGCCGAACGCAACCUCCAACUUGGCCGCAUGUUGGACGUGGAGCAAGCCUUGACAGAGGGCCUUGUGGACUAUGGCGUGCCUUUGGCUGAAGUUCGUUCCACGGCCAGUCAGUUGGUACAGGCAUACACCAAAAUCCCUGCCGAUGCCCGCUAUGCCAGCAAGAUGGCCGUGCGUGGUCAGAUGGUGGCUCAGCUCGAGAACAACCGCGAAAAGGACACACAGGGCUUCUUGGGCGUCCUCACGCAACCAAAAGUACAAGCUGGCCUGGGCAAGUAUCUCGAGAGCCUGAAGAAAACCAAGUAG